CUUCUCACCUCUCCCACCCUGUCCCUCUCCCUUGCUCUUGUCUCUUUAUCUCCCAGUUCUCUCUCCAUUCUCUUUUCCUGCCUGCCCGUCUCUUACCCUCUGCUUCUCUCUCCCCUCUCGCUCCCUCCGGGGUAGUUCCAGAAACAUACCCGUAUAUGGCCUCCGUGCCAGGGAUCACAAAUGAUGACGUCACGUGAGGGCCAACGCUCGGAUGCGCUCCCAAGUGAAGCCCGCAGCUGAUGCGCCCUGGAGGAGCUGAAGGCAGGACCACAGCCUCCGCCGUGCAAUCUCCAAACAGGAAAUCUGAGCCCCAGAACAUCUUAUAGUUUGGCUUGCAUCAUUGGUCAUGCGGUGGGCCCGAAAUAAACUCCCUGCUUCAAAGGACAGCGUUUCAGAGCGGCCAGGCGCAGCAGACAGACGCUCAGGGCCAGGGCAGAAGGAACACGCAGGGAGCAUGUGCUGAACUCAGACACUCUCAGGAAAAUCCUCGCAUCCCCUCCUGAACGGCCCCCUGAGGCAGAGCCUAGCAGGGUUUUCUGAUUUGCUGUUUCCUCCUCCCCACCAAGUGUCUCCUCUGGAGACCGGGGUGAGAGGUGCAAGAGAUGGCCACGGAGAUCAGCGCUCCGGGCACACAGCGUGCCAUUGGGAACGAGGAGUACAGCCUGUACAGCAGCCUGAGCGAGGAGGAGCUGGUCCAGAUGGCCAUUGAGCAGAGUCUGGCUGACAAGACCCGGGGUCCAACCACUACUGAGGCCUCCCUGUCCGCACGUGCCAACCGCCAGCCUGCCCAUUUCUACCCAUGGACCAGGUCCACGGCGCCUCCCGAGAGCGGCUCGGCCCACUUGGGCCUGUUCCAGGGGGUCAUGCAGAAAUACAACCGCAACAAGGCCUCCCAGCUGGCGCCUGUGGACCCGGUGCUAAAGGCCAUCAAGGAAGACGAUGAAGAGGCCUUGAAGGCCAUGAUGAAGGCGGGGAGGAACCUCGCCGAGGCCAACAAGGAGGGCUGGCUGCCGCUGCACGAGGCGGCCUACUACGGCCAGCUGAGCUGCCUGAAGGCCCUGCACCGAGCAUACCCAGCAACAAUCGACCAGCGUACCCUGCAGGAGGAAACAGCCCUUUACCUGGCAACGUGCAGGGGACACCUGGACUGCCUCCAAUCCCUGCUGCAGGCGGGGGCCGAGCCCGACAUCUCCAACAAGUCCCGAGAGACACCUCUCUACAAAGCCUGUGAGCGCAAGAACGUGGAGGCAGUGAGGAUCCUGGUGCAGUACAACGCGGACACCAACCACCGCUGCAACCGCGGCUGGACAGCUCUGCAUGAGUCUGUUUCUCGCAACGACCUGGAGGUCAUGGAGAUCCUGGUGAGCAGUGGCGCCAAGGUGGAGUCCAAGAAUGCCUAUGGCAUCACCCCCCUGUUCGUGGCUGCCCAGAGCGGGCAGCUGGAGGCACUGAGAUUCCUGGCCAAGCACGGCGCUGACAUCAACACGCAGGCCAGCGACAGCGCGUCGGCCCUCUUCGAGGCCUGCAAGAAUGAGCACCAGCUGGUGGUGGAGUUUCUGCUGUCGCAGGGCGCCGACGCCAACAAGGCCAACAAGGACGGCAUGCUCCCGCUUCACGUUGCCUCCAAGAAGGGCAACUACAGGAUCGUGCAGAUGCUGCUGCCGGUGACCAGCCGCACGCGCCCCAGCCCCCUGCUCGUGGCCAUCCGCCACGGCUCCCUGCGCAUCAUGCAGCUGCUGCUGGACCACGGCGCCAACAUCGACGCCUACAUCGCCACGCACCCCACCUCCUUCCCCGCCACCAUCAUGUUCUCCAUGAAGUACCUGUCGCUGCUCAAGUUCCUCAUGGACCUCGGCUGCGACGGCGAGCCCUGCUUCUCCUGCACCUACGGCAACGGCCCGCACCCGCCCGCCCCGCCCCCUUCCAGCAGGUUCAACGACGUGCCCGCCUGCGACAAGGCGCCCUGCGUGGUCCAGUUCUGCGAGAUCCUGUCUGCCCCCGAGGUGAGCCGCUGGGCGGGGCCCAUCAUCGACGUCCUUCUGGACUACGUGGGCAACGUGCAGCUGUGCGCGCGGCUGAAGGAGCACAUUGACAGCUACGAGGACUGGGCCGUCAUCAAGGAGAAGGCAGAACCGCCGAGACCUCUGGCUCACCUCUGCAGGCUGCAGGUUCGAAAGGCCAUUGGCAAAUACCGUCUAAAACUCCUGGACACGUUGCCGCUCCCAGGCAGGCUGAUUCGGUACCUGAAGUACGAGAACACCCAGUAACCAGGGCGCGUGGAGAAGGAGUGCUCCUCAGACUGUUUCACUGAAUCUCAGGACGGCGGGGUCCCCAAAUCCAGGGGACCUGGUGAUGGGCGAGGCUGUGGGCUGCUCCCCCUGAGCUGGGGCAGCCGCCGUGACCUCACCGGGUCUCUGGGCCAGAGCUGUGCCCAGAGCGGAGAACGGAAUAUGUCGAGGAGGAGGACAAUCUUGUUUCUUUGCAAAUCGACGAGUAGAUCUCAGACCUUCUCUGCCAUCAGGAAGGGCAGGAACUUCCGUUCCGUUCCGGGGCGGGGCGGCUGGCGGGGGAGAACGUGGGCGGGGGCGCUGGAGCGCUCAGGGCUGCGUGUGCCUUUCUGGACAACUUCACUGCGGAGCUGGCCCUGCCCCUGCCCCUCUGCUCUGUGAACCCCUCCACAGGUAUGGCCUGUUGGGGGGCUGGGGAGACCCUCGGGCCCAGAGGGCUUCCUGGUACAAUAAAUGUGGCACAGACGCCUC